ACUGCGCCGUCCAGUCGUCUGAGGCGAGUGGAGCUCUUAUAGGGAGACAGAAGGGUACCAAAGAACCCAAACGUCUGGCUGCAGUUUUGUCGACGAGUUAAUUUUUGAGAUAUGAGUCAGCGUAACAUUACAUUCAAGCUUGCCAGCUAGUGGUGUGUGAUCUGGAGGGAGAGGAAAGGACACCAGAGAACAUGGAGAUGUCAGAUGGCCUGUUGCUGCAGGUCAACAAUGGAGAGCAGUGGUGUAACCGCUGGAAACAUCCCAAUGAUGACUCGGAUCGCAGCACCAGUCCCUCGGUCCUGCGCUGCGUUACCAGCACGUGGAAGGAGGGCCUGCUGAACAGGAAGAGGCCAUUUGUGGGCCGUUGCUGUCACUCCUGCACGCCACAGAGCUGGGAAAGACUGUUCAAUCCCAGUAUUCCAUCUCUGGGACUGCGCAACGUUAUCUACAUCAAUGAGACCCACACCAGACAGCGGGGCUGGCUGGCGCGCAGGCUGAGUUAUGUGCUGUUUGUCAUGGAGAGAGACGUCAACAAGGACAUGUUCACCAGGAACGUAGUGGACAACGUGCUCAACAACAGCAGGGUGGAGAGUGCUAUUGUAAAGGUUGCCACAGAUAUGGACGCUGCAGCCAGCCAGCCCGGCCAGGAGCAGAAAGCUGUCAGUAAGGUGAAGCAGAAAGCCAGGGCCUUCCUCCAGGAGAUGGUGGCCAACAUUUCACCAGCCUUUAUCCGGCUGACAGGGUGGGUCCUCCUGAGGCUCUUUAAUGGUUUCUUCUGGAGCAUCCAGAUCCACAAGGGCCAGCUGGAAAUGGUCAAGAAAGCUGCUACAGAGCAAAAUGUGCCCAUGGUCUUCCUCCCUGUUCACAAAUCCCACAUCGACUACCUGCUCAUCACCUUGAUCCUGUUCUGUCACAACAUCAAAGCCCCACACAUUGCUGCUGGAAACAACCUAAGCAUCCCUAUCCUCAGCACCCUUAUCCGUAAACUUGGAGGAUUCUUCAUCCGCCGGAAAAUGGAGGAGAUGGAGGAUGGGAAGAAAGACGUUUUGUACAGAUCACUCUUACAAGCAUAUACAGAGGAGUUGUUGUGUCAGCAGCAGUUUUUGGAGGUCUACCUGGAGGGAACCCGAUCCCGCAGCGGAAAGCCGUCUACAGCACGUGCAGGCAUGCUGUCCAUCGUGGUAGACACACUGUGCAUUGGGUCAAUUGCAGACGUACUGGUGGUGCCAGUUGGCAUCUCUUAUGAUCGUAUUAUUGAGGGCAACUACAAUAGCGAGCAGCUGGGCAAACCUAAGAAGAAUGAGAGUUUGUGGGGAAUUGCAUGUGGAGUGUUCAGGAUGCUGAGGAAGAACUACGGUUGUGUCCGAGUUGACUUCAACCAGCCCUUCUCCCUAAAGGAAUACCUGGACACCCAGAGAAGCCGCCAUAUUCCACCACCAGUGUCCCUGGAACACACCUUGAUGCCCAUCAUUAUCUCUGCACAACCUGACGCUCAGCUGUUUGAGGGGCAGGAGGAGGAGCAGGUGGACAGAGAGUUGCCAGAUGACAUCAUGAGACGACAGGUUAUUAACAACCUGGCCAAGCACGUCCUCUUCACGGCUAACAAGUCCUCAGCGAUCAUGUCCACCCACAUUGUAGCCUGUCUACUGCUGUACAGACACAGACAGGGGGUGGUGCUCUCCAAGCUGGUGGAAGACUUCUUCAACAUGAAGGAGGAGAUCCUCUCGCGGGACUUUGAUCUGGGCUUUUCAGGGAACUCCGAGGACGUGGUCAUGCGUGCCCUCCACCUGCUGGGAAACUGCGUCAACGUGACCAGCAGUGCAAAUCGCAACGGAGAGUUCACUAUCGCCCCCAGCCAAACUGUACAGGCGCUUUUCGAGCUCAACUUCUACAGCAAUGGCCUUUUCCAUGUCUUCAUUUCUGAUGCAAUCAUUGCAUGCAGCAUCCUGUCGCUGCAGCGAGAGCUGGUCGCAGAAUCAGAGUCAGAUCACCAGCAAGGUGAUCCCAGUAGCCUCCCUCUCAGUCAGGAGAGACUCAUCCGCAAGGCCGCCGGGCUCUCCCACUUCCUUAUUAAUGAGGUGUCUGUGGCACCACCCUGUCAGACUAUUUACCAGGUCUUUCAUGAUGCAGUGACCCGUCUGAUCCAGUAUGGAGUUCUCUACGUAGCAGAGGAGGAUCAGGAGGAACUGAGUCCCAGCCCCACAGACGAACCGUGGCCCAAAAAGUUCCCCGAGCCUCUUUCCUGGAGAAGUGAUGAGGAGGAUGAGGACAGUGACUUUGGAGAGGAGCAGAGAGAUCGCUACCUAAAGGUGAGUGUUUCCGCAGAGCACCAGGAGUUCUUCGUCUUCCUGCAGCGACUUGUCAGCCCGGUGCUGGAGGCCUACAGCGGGGCCGCCAUCUUCGUCCACAGUCUGAGUCAGCCCAUGUCAGAGUCCGACUACACCCAGAGACUCUUCAGAUACCUGCUCACCCGCACAGAGAGAGGAGUGGCCGCUUAUGGUGAAAGUGCAACUCAUUAUUUGGUGAAGAACACAGUGAGGACAUUCAAAGAGCUCGGGGUCCUGAAGGAGAGAAGAGAGAACCGGGCGACAAUUCUGGAGCUGAGCAGUACCUUUCUACCUCAGGACAAUCGGAACAAACUCCUGCAGUACAUCUUAGGUUUCACCCUGCUGUGACCGAGACACCUUUCAGCCCAGCUCAGACCCCAGGCUCCUUCCAGUAAAGGGCUUCUACUGGUUACUUCAAAACAAUCCCAGGUGCUACUCUGUGGAAAGCUUUACCAGGAAGUGCCUUCACAUAACAGCCGCUAACUGUUAGCAGUUAGCCGGAAGAGACUUGAAGCCAGUCUUCCCUUUUUGUUCCAGUCUAUGGCUCCCUGUCUUAGAACUGUGCAGCUGAUAAAACACGUGUAUCGUUCCUUGAAGAGGUACCUCUAGGAAUCAUCCACUCUUUGGGAACUUUGCCAGUGAAGUCAUGAGGUUUUAAUAUGAUCAAGAUUUUAAUCAGAAAAUAUACUCAAGCAGGUUAGUAAGUAAGAAUAACUUUUACAGCAAUCUGAGCGAAGCGAGCCGCCUUUCGUCUAUACAAGUAAACAAGUAAAAUAUGCAUAGUGGUAAAUAUUACCAACAACAAAGGCAAUUUUAUGUUGACUCUCUCUGCUCGUUCAUGAAAUUGCUGUAUUCGCUCGAGUGCGCUCCACUAUCAUACAGAGGUAGAAGACAUGUCAAAAUGUAGUUUAAUGAAAAAUUAAUUUUGAAGACUAAUUCCUGUACAUAGGCCACAAGAACAAUGCGUCUCUUUUGUAGUGCAUUUAAUAAAUGCACUCUGGUGUCAUCAAAUGUAAUAAUGUAGGAACCGUAGACAGAAAGAUUUGUCCCUGCAAAACGCCAACAUAUCCCAGUUUUCAUUUAGAAAUAGUUGUCAAACUCUAAUUCUCUUUGUAGACAGCUUUGGUUAGUUAUACUGCACAGUCGCUGGUUUAGGAUAUCAAAAAAUAAGCAGCAAAUCGGUUCAGCCGUGCAACAAUAUCGACUUGGCAAACACAAAAUGUACAUGUCGAAAGUCCAGCGCAGAAAUCACAAGCAUCUACAGUUAAGUGCAUUCAGACCACUAAUAUCCAAGUGCAUUCGGUUAAACUUUUCGUCAUGUGUUUUGAUGAAAGGUGACUUUGAUGUCUGUGUUUAUGUGACACCUUUUUCACUUUCCAAUGAAUGUGACAUAGCACAGCACUUAAAAUACCAGCCAUCGCAUCCACUUAAGUUCAAAUGCUCAGAAACUCUUUGGUCAUGCCUUUCAGGGAAAGCAGACAUUUGGGGUAACCACCAUUUCUUCCUGUGUCAUAAACACACUGUAUAUAAAACUAUAUAGCAUCACUACUUUGCUCCAGUGGCUGGGCAUUCGCAAGGCAGAGGAGCUGCAUAGUGUGGUAGAAAAUAAAUGGUACAUAUCCACUGUGUGAUCCAUGUGAACAAAAGGUAACGUCUGUAAAAGUUGGCCAGUGUUUGUGAGAAUAAGAAGUGUCUCUGUUGUACUGUCAAGAAACCCUUAGAGGGGGUUUCUAAAGGCAGGCUCCCGUGAGGAGCAGUGAUGUUUCUGAAAAUGUUAGUCCUUAACUGUCUGGUUUAUCUUCUCUUAUUUUCACGAAACAGUCGUGUGUGUCCUAAAAAUUUUAAUUACCAGCAAGUUGAUCCUGAUCAUUAAAAUUUGUGCUCUUAAAUGCAUGUCAGAAAAACAAGAAAAUAGUGCGUCAGGCUGGUAAUACAAACUCUGCUGUAACAGAAUGUGUUGAUCAUGAAAAUCAAAAACAUACCUAAACUUACAUGCGUGAAAUUAAAACCUGAUAGUGAAACCUCACUGCACAGAACCUGUGCAUUCAGCUGCAGAACAUUCAAACAGUUUUUCAUUUUUAUUGUGAAAUAACACAGCAGGACUCAAUAUUUAGGUCUCGUGUAUAUACGUGUGUAUUUCUAAAUCUGAAUUCAUUUUGCAUCGAACAUAAAUGUCCAAGUUAAUGUUGGUGUCUAAGUGCACGCCAGCUGAUAGGAACAAGAAGAAGGGUUGUGUUUGGAAAGGGCAGAGUAAGUGUGAUGAAUUGUUGGCAUUAUCAGAGGGGACGUGAACCCGAAUCCCAGAUUGAUGUGAAGACAGUGCGAAUGUUAGAAAUGGACAUUCUUGAUCUGUCGAGGCGGUAAAGUGAAAGUAAUCGGGUGUCUGAUAAUAUUUAUACUCAAAGUCUAGUCUACCACACUGCUUUUUACAGUUAAUUUAAAUGCUAUUUCUGAACAUACUACUGUGUUUAAUAUUACAGACCUGCAUAUUUUCAUGCAGGUUUUCAAAUCUGUGUACGAAAUAACGUGAAGCAGAGGUGGCAGAGGUCACUCGUUGAGGAUCGACACCCGCAGCACGUCGAAGAACAGAAAAGUAUGUCGUCUAAAUGGGAGUGUGAUCGGAGCGCCCCGAAAAAUAGCCCGCGCUCGAGUUCAGAGGGAGCGUCUCUUGGCAUUCAAAGCAUUUCUGAGCCCGCAGUCUGUCUAAGUCCCAGCACCGAGGGACCCCUCCGCCAAGAUGAAAACCACCUCACGUACUGUACUGCAUGUUUCCUCUGGUCGCCUUUAAUCAUCGGCACUUCAAUGUGAACUCUACUUAACCUGAGAAUUGUAUUUUACAGUUUAGUGUGUGAAUUAUGUUGCAGAGAACGAUCGUUGUUUGCGUAGGAGAUGAAUUUGUUACCUCUUGAAUGUAUCUCAUCUGUCCCCAAAAAGGUCAACGUGAUAUUGUGGAACACUCAGCAGAGUCGGUACAGAUACGAUGCUCGCGGGGAUCGUUGAGACUCACUGCUACUGAAGCUGCAUUAACGACAUCCCUCAACAACUAUGUAACUUUGUAGGAUUAAAAAAAAUGCCUGUAUCUGGGGAGCAGGUGCCUUUUUAAUGCACUGUAGUGUUCUUCGGUUGUGUUUUUUGUUCUGUUUUUGUGCAUGUUAACAAAGAUUGUUUCGUGUGGGAACCCAAAAGAACACUGUAGAUUGUUACUUAAAAAAACACGAGAGGAGAAUUUGUGGUUACUAUAAGAAGAAUCACCAGCUACUAAAGAAAAGUCACUUUUUCCGUUCUUGCUUUCUCAGAGCAAAGCACAAUUGGCAUUAUUGGAUUUUGUUUUAAAUAAAUUAAUGAUAGAUUAAC